AUGUCGGCCAGGCAGCUCAAGAAAUUAAGAGGAUACGAUCAGACUGAAGAUCUCAAGAAAAUGAUGGGGCUGGCGAGUGGCGAUGAGUCUGAAGAAGAGGCGCCCAAACUCAUGAAAGCGCCGAAGAAAAAGAACUUCGGUUUUGCAUCACUGGUUGAUGAUGAAGAAGAUAAUCUUUCUGAGGAAGAUAGGGAAGAAGCCCCUACUCCAACUGUUCAAAAAACUCCGACCAAGAAGUCAAAGAAGAAGAAAAAUAAAAAGAAAAAAGCUGCUGCGCAAAAGAAAGAAGACGACUUCGAUUCGAUUUUGGCCGAGUUCAAAGUUUCCGAAAACGACAGAAAGAGCGCAGAGAGUGCGGAGGAUUCAAUUGUUCGAAAGAUGACAUCCUGCUUGAGAAUCGACUCGAAGUUCCUGGAUCCAGACGCCGAGCUCAAGCGCAUCUUUGGCAACGCGGCAGUUAAUGCCGAUCGAGCUGAUCGAAAGCAGCAAAAAGGAAGACAACCUCAACGAAAACUCAGGAAUGGGGCAACUCUUUCUUUACAGAAAAUGCAUCCAUAG